GAAAGAUGCCGGGAAAUUAUUCGACUCGUUGCGAGCCAGGUCUGGUGGUGCCGAUAUGGAGGCCGCAGGAGAAUCUCAAUCUUUCGGACAUAAUUUUCCGUGGCUUCGUCUAUUUCUCCCUGCUGUUGUACCUGUUCAUCGGCGUGUCGAUCAUCAGCGAUCGUUUUAUGGCGGCGAUCGAGGUGAUCACCUCGAAGGAGAAGGAAUUGGUCGUUCGCCGGCAGGGCAAAGAGCCUCAGAUCGUUGUUGUGCGAGUAUGGAACGAGACGGUUGCGAACUUGACGUUAAUGGCGCUGGGCAGUAGCGCGCCCGAGAUCCUUUUGUCGAUCAUCGAGAUCUGGGCGAAGAACUUCGAGGCCGGUGAAUUGGGCCCGGGCACGAUCGUUGGCUCGGCCGCGUACAACCUCUUCGUCAUCAUCUCGCUGUGCGUGUUCGUGAUACCGAACGGCGAGACGAGGAAGAUCAAACAUUUGAGAGUUUUCUUCGUCACCGCCACGUGGAGCAUCUUCGCUUACGUUUGGCUCUACUUGAUCCUUGCGGUCUCGAGCCCCGGCGUGCUCGAAGUUUGGGAGGGUAUACUCACCUUCUCCUUCUUCCCGGCAACCGUGCUCACGGCCUACGUGGCCGACCGUCGCCUCCUCAUCUACAAGUAUCUGCACAAGGGUUACAGGAUGAACAAGAGGGGUGUGAUCGUGCAGGCCGAGACAGGCGACUCGGACGGCGGNNUGGAGCUUGAGAUCAAGCCGCAGCAGGACAGUUUUCACAACAUGACGGACGCGGACACGCCCGAGGCGAAGGAAUUCGAGCAGACGAGGAGAGACUACAUCAACACGUUGAGAGAGUUGAGGAAGAAGUAUCCUACUUUGCCGUUGGAACAAUUGGAGGUGAUGGCCCACGAGGAGGUGCUCGGCAAAGGGCCGAAGAGCAGAGCGUUCUACAGGGUGCAAGCGACGAGGAAGAUGGUCGGUGCGGGGAAUCUGAGCAAGAAGAUCAGCGAAAGGGCGCAGAGCGACUUGAGCGAGGUGAAGGCCGAGCUUCAGAAGCAGGAAGCCGAGAGCAUCGAGAUCGAGAACGUGAACGCGAUGAGAAUCUUCUUCGAGCCUGGCCACUAUACCGUGAUGGAGAACGUUGGUAGUUUCGAGGUGGGAGUGACCAGAGCCGGUGGCGACCUGAGCAAACCGUGCACCGUCGAUUAUUGCACCGAGGAUGGCUCCGCCGAGGCUGGUUCCGAUUACAUUAGCGCCAAGGGCACCCUCACCUUCGAUUCGGGCGAGACUAAGAAGACCAUCAAGCUGUCCGUCAUCGAUGACGAGUUGUUCGAAGAGGACGAGCAUUUCUACGUUAGAUUAAGCAACGCGUCCCAGCCAGCCAUGCUAGUUUCACCUAGUUUAGCGACCGUGAUGAUUCUCGACGACGAUCACAGCGGCGUGUUCGGAUUCCCUGAAAGGGAUAUGGAGCUCGUGGAAAGCGUUGGCCAGUAUCCUUUGCGAGUGAUGAGAUACAGUGGGGCAAGGGGACGCGUGGUCAUCCCUUAUCGCACCAUCGAGGGUACGGCUAAGCCUGGAAAGCAAUACAUGCAUACCGAGAGCUCCCUCACGUUCGAGGACAAUCAGACCGAAAAAGAGAUCACGUUGGAGAUCAUCGAGGAGGAUUCGUACGAGAAGGAUGCCCUGUUCUACGUCGAGCUGGGUGAGCCACAGUUACAAGGGGAGAGUCUGUGCGAUCUGUUUUCAGCCGAGGCAGGGAUCGCAGUAGCGGCGGAAAUGAAGCAGCCGGAGGAGCGCACCGCCGAGGAAAAAAUGGCGUUGCUCGGGAAACCGAAGUUGGGCGAGGUGUUCAGGGCACAGAUACGGAUCAAAGAGUCGAAGGAGUUCAAGAAUACCGUGGACAAACUGGUGCAAAGGGCCAACGCCUCUAUACUGCUCGGUACUAGUUCCUGGAAGGAACAGUUCACGGAGGCACUGACGGUGAGCGGGGGCGACGAGGACGACGAGGGUGGCGGGGAAUCAGCGGCGCCGUCCACCUUGGACUAUCUGAUGCACGGCGUGACGAUAUUGUGGAAAGUGUUGUUCGCGUUCGUUCCUCCCACGGAUAUCGCCGGUGGUUACCUGUGCUUUGUCGUCAGCAUAUUCGGGAUCGGUGUGGUGACGGCGGUAAUAGGAGACGUGGCAUCCUACUUUGGCUGCACCCUAGGCAUCAAGGACUCGGUUACCGCGGUUGCCUUCGUCGCCCUCGGCACCAGCAUCCCCGACACGUUCGCGAGCAAGGUGGCCGCAUGCCAGGACAAGUACGCCGACGCGAGCGUGGGGAACGUGACCGGAAGUAACGCGGUGAACGUCUUCCUGGGGAUCGGCGUUGCAUGGAGCAUCGCGGCCAUUUACCAUGCGUUGCACGGUGACAAGUUUAGAGUAAAACCGGGCAACUUAGCCUUCUGCGUGACGUUGUUCUGCACGGAAGCGUGCCUGGUAAUAUUAGUUCUACUACUGAGGCGGACGAAAAGCAUUGGCGGCGAGCUCGGCGGACCAUUCGUCCCAAAAGUGAUCACGUCGCUGAUCCUUUUUUUCCUCUGGGUGUUCUACCUCAUUAUGUCGAUCCUCGAGGCCUACGGCUAUAUCGAGGGCUUCUAAAAGGAGCCCGUUCAGCGGCAGCAAACGUCGGCCUACACCCGCUCCGCGUGUAUCUUAAACUCGUCGCGUCCGCCAAGGCGUGUGCUCAACGAAACGUUCUCUCGGACAAAAAGGAAGUGGAAUCGAAGGGGUGCGAUUUCGCUGGCGAACGAACACUCUGUGCCGGAAACCUACUGGUGGUAGCUUUCGCCCUCCCACAUCCGGGAUUGAUUUAACAACGAACGUGAUCGCGUGACGUUAUUGAAUGCGUGCAUGUGCGUAGAGGUACCUGAGGAGGAGUGAGAAUGAGAGAGAGAGAAAGAAACGAGAGCGUGAGAACGUAUAACUGAGAACGAAGCGAAGAAGAAGUUAAUUGGAGGGAAGAAAAGGAAAGAAAGGAGAAAGAGAAUGGUGGAAAAAGAGGAGAGGACAAGAGCGAACAAAGGAGAAGCUUACGUGUGCGAGGAAGUAAAGUGAGUUUGCCUUAAAAUAAUAAUUUAACGGAUAGAUCACAUAACGAAUGGUUAUAUAGGUGAAAAAAAGAAAAAAAAAAAAAAAAAAAAAAAAAAAAAAAAAAGA